UCCGUAACAAAUAUGAACGGUGGAGUUGGUAGUGCCUAUGGUGCGGGAAAAGCAGGAUCUGGUACAGAUCCUAUAUCUAUUUUAACAAAACCUCAUGUGAUUAUUAGAAUUCUUUGUUGGGUUUUUUCUAUAGUUGUAUUUGGUUGUAUAGGUUCUGAAGGAUGGAUGAAAAACAAAUGUCUCUACAACAACGACGUAAAUGCCUGCAACUUUGGCACAGGAAUAGGCGUGAUAGCCUUUUUAGGAAGUCUGGCUCUUUUAAUUACUGACGUUAUGUUUAAUAAUAUCUCCAGUAUUAAGGUUCGUAGGCGAGCUGUUAUUGCCGACAUGGCAUUUUCAGCUGGAAUGUCCUUCUUGUGGUUUGUAACAUUUUGUUACUUAAGUGAUUCUUGGAGAAAAGCCCCUUAUCCUAAAGAUGGAUAUGGUGUAAACAACUUGAGGGGUGCUAUUGCCUUCAGUUUCUUUUCCAUUUUUGUCUGGGCUGGCUGCAUAUUUUUUGCUUUCCAACGCUACAAGCAAGGUGCAGACACUGCUUUCAUGACGAGCGGUUUCGAAGGUGAUGGUAGCAUGCCUGGCGGGGCCCCCUACACCAGCUACCCGGACGGGCCGGAAAUGAACGAGGGCUACCAGGAGCCCCCCUUCUCUGCAACCCAGAAGGAUAUGGCGCCGGGCGGGCCCGGGUUCCAGCAGCCAGCUUAUUAAUGUGCAUUCCACCGCUACUACAUAUAAUACUAAUCUACUCGUCGAGUCAUUUCUGUAGGUGAGAGAGGGUUAGAGAGCUCCACAAUAUUACAUGUACAGUUGAGUGUGCAUUGUUCUAUUACUAUUCCUUUGAAUGGUGACAAAACGUUUUUUAAAAAAAUCCUUUUUGACGAGUUGAGAUGUUAUCGUGAUGGGUUGCCCAACGAUUUGGAUGGGAAUUAAAAAAAAAAAAAGUUUGGGUGGGGAGUGGGGCUGGCAAAAAAAUUAUUGGAUUAAUUUUGUUUUUUGUAUAUAUUUUAAAAUGUUGAGAUUCAAAGUGUUUCAUGUAAACAGAAUUUUUAUUAUUCAUUUAUAAAUAUAGCAAUUUUGAAUUUUGUUUGUAUAUUUUCAAUACUAAAAUAUAAAAAUGAAUUUCAUUUACACUGCUUUUUGAAUGACAUGAAAAUGAAAUAUAUUAGUGUAUUAGAUCAAUUGUCAAUAUACUUUUAUAAUUAUUUUGGUGUUUUCAAACUCAAAACUUGAUACAAGACAAUAAUAAAUAUCAACUCUAUCUCAGGAAAUAUAAUUUACCCCCAAAGUUCAUAAAAAGCAAAAUAAAUUAUCACUAAAUCAAAUUUUACUAUGAGACAUUAAAAAUUUGUCUUUUAAAUUUUAUCAGUAUCAAAUCCCAAAUUAAAUUAUUAUUUAAUGCUAAAAAAUUUAUUUUUUCUACUUUUGUCAGCUCUACAGGAAACUAAGUCAUUAAUGGAACAUUUUCUAUUUAAAAAUGCAAUGUAUUUGAAAAAAAAAUCGGCUUUUGUAUGUUUGUGCAAUUUAAGAAUUUCAUUUUUUUAAAAAACUUAUUGCAAAGUUUUCUGUACUUGAGAGUAAAUGUUUAAUCUCAUGUUUGUUGUGCACAACUGAAGAUGUGGAAAGCUUAGUCACUGGCAUGAAACUUUGUACUUUAAAAUCACAGAAGUCACUUAACAUCAUUGAAGUGUAGAAAAAGCAACUAAGUUGUCACAGGCCUGCACUUUUUUUCGUGAGUCAGUAUUAAUUUUAUUCUUUUAAUAUAAAAAAAGAAGAGAUUGUGCUUAUUUUUAAUUUUUACACUUGUAUUUUUUUAUAUUUUGUUUAUUCACAGUUUUGUAUUUUUUUUCUGUACUGCUUAAGUAUUUUAAAGUUUUAAAUAAAUAAGAUGUACUUAUUUCAUAAAUGUUAGGAUAUUAAAUAGAGGUGACUUUUAUUAAUUAGAAAUUCUUCUGAGAUUAUUUGCACUGUAUAAAGUGUAUUUUUGUAUCAAUAUAAACUUUGCAGGAUUAAUAAAUUAGUAAUAUGUAUAUAAAUUGAUAUUUAGUUAUGCUAGUUAAGUUUAUUUUUGAAUUUUUUCUAAACUUUAAAAAAGAGCAUCUUAAAAACUUGCUUGUCAUUCAGUGCUCUGCCAAGUAAACAACUGAAGACAUAUUUUUGAUGAAUAUUUUUUCAUCUUUUCUUUUAUUUCUUCUGUAUUAAAUUGGGAAUGCCCUACUAUUUUCAGGAGUCUGCAUUUCAUUUUACUUAUUUAAAUAUUUUUUUUCUAAACCUCUCUGUAUGAUUCUAUGAUAUUCAUUCAAAUUUGAACAUUCUCAAAACAGUCAUUUGCAUUCCUUUGUUAAGGCAUUAAUGUUUUUUUUUUCUUUAAUAAACUAAGGAGUGAUAAAAUUAUAAAAAAAACUUUUGAAUCAAUUUGUUACUUAUAAACCAUUUUCGACUUUAAAAUUUCUUUUAGAAUUAGACUUUAGUUCACUUUUGAAAUUUCUCUUGUAGAAAUUUCUUUGUAUACAUAUAUAUAUAUAUUGACAAAGUUUUGAAUGUUCUGUAACUGCUAUAGAAUGCAAGUAAGAUCAGUUGCAAGAGCUCUGAUUUAAAGCAGUGAAAAAAUUAUUUCCCUUUAACAUAUUAAAUAACUUUAAAAAAUGUGUUAUUAAAUUAAAAAUUCUAUGUAACUUUUUUUUGAUAAAUUUUGUUUUAUAAGUGACUUAAUUACAAAUGUGUUAUAUAUAUGCAAGUUUUAUAUUUUAUACUAUUCAUCUUCCUGUCACCAUCAAUAAUUUACUUAAUAUGUAAUAAAUAAACUAGCCAUCUAGUCCUCUUUAGAUGUGUAGCAAUUAGGGUGUAUUAAAAAUUUGCAGUGACAUCGAUAGGCAACCCACAUAAUGUUGUUAUCCUACUAACUAAAUAUAUCAAAUAAAGUACAAUAGGAAUAUUAUUUUUCAUGUGAGUGGAGUAUAUAUCUGUGUGUUUAAUAAAUGCUAAUACAGGGAAUGCAUUUUAUCUACAGUGAAGGCAAUGCAUACCUUUUCAUAUUGUUCAAAUCUUGGAUUAGUGGACUACUUCAGAUUCUAAAUUUUUAAUUAUAAGUUAUCAUUUUUUUUCAGCAUUAGAUUAAAAUGUUUAUUUAUUUUUAGCAAAGCUUUAUUUUUAUUACUAUUCAUUAUGAUUUCGAAAAUCAUUGCACCAUCAGUGUAAUGUUUUAAAUAUUUAGAGAGUAUCAUGUUCUACAUUUUGAAGCUGCUUGUUGUAAAUCUAUCUAUUUGCUAUACAAUUUGCUGUAGCUUCAAAAAAUAUAUGAAAAAUUGAUAAAUGUUUCGAUCCAUGUUGUAAAAAGAUAUUACAAGCAUAUCCUUUUUCUAAUUGUUGAUUUUUUUAAAUAUAUAUGAGGGAAAUAAGCUAUUAUUUUUUAAAGAAAUCUUGCUGUAAAGUGUGAACAAAUCAUCUAGUCUGUUAAUUUGGAAUUUCUGCAUUCUUUCGUUUCAGUGUUAUGCAACAGUGAGUAAGAAUAAAAUAGAACUUGAUUACAAUUUCACUGAAUCUAGGUGUAGAUAGUUGUAAUGAAUCAAAUAAUAUAAAUGUCAUAAAAAAUUGUCCUGCAUGUAUUUUACUAUCUGUGCUUAUCAUACUGUGUGCACUGUACAUGUGCACUUCAUUUCAUGCUCCUAGCUAUUGCCUGGCAAUUAUGUAGAGCAUGACAGUGCAUUUAUUGUAUUUAAGUCGAUACAAUCCAUGUCAUUGCAAAGUUUUAUUUUGCUAUUUAUGACAGAAUCUAUCUUGGUGUGGUUUAGAAAAUGUCAAUUUCUCGAUAUAAUGAAAAGAUUCUUUGUUUUUUUUUAAUUCUUUGUUCGUCAGAUAUCUUUGCAGCAUUAUGGAACCUUGUAUUUAUCUUGGAUAAGAAAAUAUUUGUAAAAAUAUACGAAGAGUGAUGCAUAACAUUUGCUGAUUUCUCAGUUGUUUGUAAAAGAGCAUUCUUCUCAUCUAGAAAUGUGACUUACUAAGAUAUUUUUCUGUAUUGUGUAAAGUGAAUGUUUUAAUUAUUUUUAUCAUAAAUGGCAGCAGUUGUUCUUAAUGUUGUUUUAUCCUUUGGAGUUGGCUGCAUUGUAAAGGUAAUGCAUAAUAUUAGCUGUUCCUUUUCAUAUGUGUUUUUAUUCUUAAUAACCAUAAGUGUCAUUUUGAAAUUUUCUGAGUGUUUAAAUUUGUUCAAACCCACCGUAAUAAAUGAAAAAUAAUGUAAAUUCAAAUUAACAGAUAUCUUUGGGGGAUAUUAAACUUUUACUACUAAAUCCUUUAUCCUGUACGUGUAGAAUGUACGUCCUUGUUAACACUUAAAUAAUCGUUUUCAACUAUUUUAUACUCGUAACUGCAAAGAACAUUAUCAAUAUGAAUAAAAAAACAUCCAUUUUUUUUUUUACUGUUUAAUUGAUUUUUAUUUAUAAUAAUGAAAAGUUUGUGUGAAAAACAGCAAACGUUUUUAUUUAUGUAGAAUUAUGUAAAUGGUACAUUAUUACAGUUUGCAUACUCUAUGGGGAAAAGCUCUUGCUUGCUAUUUUCAGAAUGUAUCGCUUCACUAUUUUGUUUACUAUUAUUUUACCUGUGUUGAUUUCGAAAUAUCCGAGUGCAGCACCGAUGAUGUAAAUAUUUUUCUGAUACCAGAUUUUUAGUUGUUUGAUCUUUUAGUGCAUGAAGUGUUGGCCUGAAUUUACAACCUUCCUUCAUCUGUAGCUUAAAGUUCUUUUGUAUAGUUAUUGUAUUUAGCCAAACCACUGUGAUGUAUCAUAUCUAGUCAGAAUAAAGUUCUAUCAAAAACAUUAAAUCGA